AUGAGCUCCCAUGGUGUUGUUGCCGUGAAGCCAAUCGCCACGCCGGACAAAACCACGCAUUCUUAUGCUUGUGGAUCCACACAGUCUUCAGUUCAUAAGCUGCUGGACUCUAAACUGGACCACCUUGGGCUGUUGGAUGAUAAUCUGUCAUCCACCAGUCAGUCAUCAGACAUCAAGACCGAGCUGAUCCGAACGUCGAGCCUGGGAAGAAGCAGCCUGCCAUUUAACCUUCAGAGAAGAAGCCCUGAGCCUGAUCCUGAAAGUCCAUUGUCUCAUGUCUCGCACCCCAAUUUUUCAGAGCCCAUGGCCUCAAACUCUUCAACGUUCUGCACAAGUUUAUUCUCAUCAUCUUUGACAAACUCGGCGCCUUGCCGGCGAAUGGGUGCUCUGCCUUUCCUGCCUCACCCUCCCAAGUAUGAGCAGCAGGUUCUCCCAGGGCAGUCAUCAACCUCCUCCCUGCAGCUCAGUGGUGACACAGGCAAUGUUCAUGACGAGGCUGAACAGGCAGAUGACAUAAAAGACUUCCUCAAUCUUUCUGCUGGAGAUGCUUCUGAUGGCAGCUUCCAUGGUGAAAACCAAGCGUUUGCUUUCGCCGAGGCCGAGCAGAUGGAGUUCCAGUUCUUGUCUGAGCAGCUAGGGAUCGCCAUCACCGAUAAUGAGGAGAGCCCCCAAUUAGAUGACAUAUACGACACGCCGCCGCCUCAAAUGUCGUCGCUUCCGGUCUCAUCCUGCUCCAACCAGAUCCUGCAGAAUCCAGGAUCUCCGGCUAAACUGCCGCUUAGCUCGUCGCGGUCAUCUUCUGGAUCUGCAGCAGCUAACAAGUCAAGAUUGAGGUGGACACUGGAGCUCCACGAGCGUUUCGUAGAGGCAGUGAACAAGCUCGAAGGGCCUGACAAAGCAACUCCCAAGGGCGUUCUGAAGCUUAUGAAAGUGGAAGGCCUGACCAUCUACCAUGUAAAGAGUCAUUUGCAGAAGUACCGACACGCAAAGUAUAUUCCAGAGAUCAAAGAAGAAAAGAAGGCUUCCUCGGACCUUAAGAAAGUACAACCGGGUAGCAGUGGAAGCGAUCCGUUCAAAAACAAGAACUUGGCAGAAGCUCUACGGAUGCAAAUGGAGGUUCAGAAGCAGCUCCAUGAACAGCUAGAGGUGCAAAGGCAGCUGCAGCUACGCAUAGAAGAACACGCGAAAUACUUGCAGAGGAUACUGGAAGAGCAGCAGAAGGUCGGCAGUGGCAGCUCGCUCUCACUGAAAACCCCGACGGAGCCGUCCGAGUCGACGUCGAAAGACAGAACUGAACCUGAAGAGGCCACCACCUCUUCACCUCAGACGUCCAAGAACAGCGAGGAAAUGGGGGAACCAAUAAGCUGA